AUGGCCGACGCCGCAUCAGUUUUACCGGAUGUCGUCGUGCACGCGCGGGAUUUGGCCGACUACCUGAGCACCUAUCGAAGUCAGCAGGGGAUGAGCACGGCAGCCCACCAAAAGCUAAAGGAAAUUGCCGACCUGCUUCGUAUUGACAUCACCCGGCGGCCCACGUACGAUUUUGGGAGAAGGACGAUCGCGCAGAGCAACACCCAGAAGCGCGAGGAGACGGCAAGCGAGGAAGGGCAAAUAAUUUUGGAUGUCGACAUGAUGCCUGUUUUUGUGGAUCUGUACAAGGAGCUUUUCAAAGUGGCGCAGGAUAUGGACGCGGGCGCUGAGCGAAUCGAGGUGAUGCGGUUUAUCGAGAAGAGCCUCGAGCUGUUUCCGGCCAUCCGGCAGCCGCUCAUUUUGAAGCGGCUACUGUAUUUGAUCACGAACCAGAUAUUCAAGCUCGAUGGUGAGGCCCAAAUUAUUGCAUGGAUCGUCGACCAGUGGAAGUCUCACCUAGCGCUCCCUGAGUAUCAGGAAGAGCUGGGCGCCGCUUGGUCCCUCUUAAUGCCGGUGCGAUACAGCGAAAUUGUCGAGGCCACCGCGUUCUACGUCUCGUUGCUCUGCCUGGCGCGCUUCCAAGCCAUCCAGAAGAUCCGGAAACCACUGAUGGGCGUCGUACAAGCGGAAUGGCUGGAGCCGAUUCGGAGACAGAUCCGCGACUAUGCCGAACUCGAGAAAAUGCGAAAGAAGAAGAAUGAAGAGACUCCGGGCGCCGCGAUGACCCCGUCCGACAUGCGGUCGAUGCUCGCCGUCGACUACGACCAGACGAACAUGGCCCUGAUCGCCUACAACCUGGACAUCACCGAGGCGGCCAUUUCCGAAUUUCUGAAAUCGAACGAA